AGUCCGUAGUUUGUAUUAUCGUCUGCAGCUGGUCCAAUUCUCACAAUGACUGUAGUUGCAGAAAACUGAAGUUCUUGACCUACUUUUCCAAUUUAGCUCCCAGGUCAACACGCAAGCUGAGAAAUAUCUGAUUGUUUUACACGUUUUUGUUCUUUUUAUGGCAGAAGGAUUGUGUCACUAAGUAGAAACAAUCAAAGAAUCCAUGAGCAUCGUUGCUGCUCCUGCAAUUCUUCUUUUUCUUGAGCUACUUGCCCUUUUAACCAUCAACAGAAGCUUCUGCAAUGGAAUAUCUGACUUGGGAUUCUUCAGAAGUGAGAAACAAGAUCUUUUAAGGUUUAAGCAAGAGCUGAAAUUUCCUUCUAAUGGCCUCCCUCGUAGAAAUCUUAAAUCAGCUUAUGAGCAGCCAAAUCUGGCUGACGUCAAACAACUUCCCUGGAAGAAUCUUCAAUAUCUUGACCUCCGAUCCAACUUAUUUGAAGGACGAAUCCCAAUUCCACCGCCUGACAUGAAAGUCUUCUUAGUAUCAAACAAUAAACUGACGGGAGAAAUACCUGAGUUGAUCUGCAAUAUGAGCACCAUUGAAGUCCUUGAUCUUUCCAACAACAGCUUAACAGGUACCAUUCCAGAAUGUCUGGGGCACUUCAGUAACAGUUUGCGAGUGCUAGAUCUUCAGAAAAACCAGUUCCAUGGCAAUAUUCCGGGAGUAUUUGGGAAGGACAAUGAUUUAAGGACCCUCAACAUGAACAGCAAUUCUUUGAAAGGGCCAAUCCCAACAUCUUUGCUUAAUUGUACAAAGUUGGAAGUUCUAGAUCUUGGAAGUAACAACAUAAGCGGGACCUUCCCAGAUUGGCUUGGCAAACUUCCGGAUUUGCAGGUUCUUGUUCUUCAUUCUAAUAAAUUUUAUGGUCCUGUGACUGAGCCUAAAAACAAUUCUUAUUUCUCUAAGUUGAGAAUCUUUGAUAUCUCAAAUAACAAUUUUACUGGUUUAUUACCAGUUAAGUACUUUGAAAAUAUGAAAUCUAUGAUGAAUGUUAGUGGUCAAGUUAAAAAGAAGCCUGAGUAUAUGGGAGACAGGUAUUAUGAUGAUUCAGUGACGCUUGUGGUGAAAAAGCUUGAGGUUAAACUAGUGAAAAUUCUCACCAUUUUCUGCACCAUUGAUUUCUCGAAUAACCACUUCCAUGGUACAAUCCCAGCAGUAAUUGGAAAUUUUCGAGCACUUAAUCACCUCAACCUUUCUCAUAAUAGUCUUACAGGGACGAUUCCUCCAUUGUUGGGUAAUCUGGGAGGGCUCGAAUCUUUAGACCUUUCUUCAAACAACCUUAGUGGAAGAAUUCCGGCGCAGUUAACAAAUUUGACAUUUCUUGCUGUUCUGAAUCUGUCGCAAAACCAACUUGAGGGCCCUAUUCCAGUGGGGAACCAAUUCGAUACGUUCUCAGAUGAUUCGUACUCAGGAAACCCAGGAUUAUGUGGGCUGCCGUUAACGAAGAAAUGUAACAGUGGUGAAGCUUCCCAGCCAUUUCCAGAAGGUGAUGUAGACUCUAACAGUGAUUUUGGCUGGAAAGUCGUGAUGAUGGGUUAUGGAUGUGGCACGGUGGUUGGAUUAUUCGUGGGAUCUCUUGUGUUUUUAACGAGAAAGCCUCAAUGGAUUGUAGACAUUGUUGAAGGGAAAGGCCACAAAGGGGUGAGAAAGCUGAAAAGCAAACACAAAAUAAGAAGAAAUUAGUGUGGUUUUCUCAUUUUGUUUCAGCCAUAUAUAAUGUAAUAAACUUUAGCAAUCACAAUCUGUUUUCUCCUUUGCCUUAA